AAUAUGUUUUUAAAUAAUAAAAAAAAAAAUCAUAAAAAAUGUCGAGGUCUGACUUGAUUUGCCAGUUUGAAAUGAUGAUUCCGUGUCUGUAGUGUAGAUUACUGUUUGUUAUGGCUGUAUUUCGGAGUUUGUGCCUGGGACGUGCUGUUAGUGCGAGACGAACCGUUUGAGCUGAAGCGGAAUUGAGGCUCGAGCCGAGGCAGCAGAGAGGAGACAGAGAGGACGAGUCCAGACACACACGACCUCCUUUCUCGCUUUGAGAAUAUGUUCAAAUUGCCUGAAAAUUGGUCUCUAACAUCUUCGGACUCAUGGUGAAGAGAAAGAAGAGCUCAUCCGGUGCUGAAGAGCUGGAAAAUGGGAUGACAGUGGGCCAGCAGGCCGGCUCAGGAGUCGAGGGCUCGAACAAACCCAUCGGAAAGCUGGAAGGCUGUGAGGAAGAGCAGAGCGCGGAGCGGACACCGAGCGAGCAGCCGAGCACAAAGAGGGACGCUGAAGAAGCGCCGAGUCCGUGCGCCCUGCUCGCCUCGAGUUCAUCACCGAACCCGUCCGGAACGCAGCCGAACCCCGCUGGCCUGGGCUCCCCUCCGGCUGCUCACGACCAGCAUCACUUCCUCCGCUCCAGCGUGCGACCUCCGAGCAAACGGAUCCGCAAAGACGGGCCCGCAGUGAACGGACACACCGGCACGAAAAGCAAAGGGAGUGAUGCGGUUCCUGCUGUGUCCGCAUCAGGCCAUGCAGGCUCAGGAGGCGGCGCUGCAGCCGGAGGGAGCUCUCGCUCUGCCCCCAGGAGCCAGGGCCCAGUGGAGAAAGAUGAAGGAGGGAAUCAAAAACGUGCACGCAGACAGUGGGAGUCUUGGAGUACUGAGGAUAAGAACUCAUUCUUUGAAGGACUUUAUGAGCACGGGAAGGACUUUGAGGCCAUACAGAAUAACAUUGCUCUGAAGUACAAGAAAAAAGGCAAACCUGCUAGUAUGGUGAAGAACAAGGAGCAGGUUCGCCACUUCUACUACAGAACCUGGCACAAGAUCUCCAAACACAUUGACUUCAAUAACGCGUAUUCUCGUGUGCUGAAGAAAUCCUCACAGGAGCUCUAUGGACUCAUAUGUUAUGCUGAGCUCAGGAAGAAGGUUGGAGGCUUGAUGGAUGACAAGAACGUGGCCAAACUGAAUGAGCUCAUCAUGCAAGGGGCCACCACGGUUCGCUCAAAAGGCAGGAACCUGAGGAUCAAAGCCCCCAUGUGUCGUGCAUUGAAGAAACUCUGCGACCCAGAUGGAGUGAGUGAUGAGGAGGACCAAAAGCCAGUUCGGUUGCCACUGAAGGUUGCUGUCGAGCUGCAGCCACGUAGUAACCACUCAUGGGCUCGGGUUCAGAGUCUGGCCCAUAAUCCUCGCCUCAGGAUGGUCGUGGAGUUGCACAGGAAAGUGUCGAGUCUUAUCGAGUUCCUGAAGCAAAAAUGGGCCGUCCAGGACCAGCGAAUUCUUAAGAGUCUAGCAGAACGGGAGGCUCUAGAAGGUGUAGCCCUGCCUGGUGAGUCGGAAGAUCUGUUCCUGUAUCCAGCAGAAAGUAGCACAGUUACCGUGUUACCUGGAGUAGCACGUGUCGUUCACUCUAAGGCCUCCUGCACUGUUCACUGGCAGGAGACUGGGCGUGGUCGGCCAGGUGUAAGAGACCUGCCAGCAGCCCAGAUCCUAGGGAUUCAACCUGUCCGAGGGACAGGAAAACCAGGCAAAGGUUCCUCUGGGGGUGGAGACGUAAAAAGAGCCGACGGACAAAUACUUGACAGUUCAGAAAGCAGCAACUGUCCUUCCGGGGCAGAGAGCACUUUAAACUUGGCCCAUAACACUACCACUCCUUCCAUCACUCCAACUUCUACAAGUCUGCCGUCUUUCCCAGGACAGGAAGGUAGUGGGACUGGGACUGCUGAUCCUUUGGGCACAUCUUCAUCCCAGACGUGUUCUAAUGGUGCAAAUAAAGACACCGUCAGUCCAGGAGAGCCCAUCCUGACAGACCACAGCACAGAGACUCCUCCAGCAGGCGGGGCCACAGCAGAUGGAGCAGCAGCCCCUCCUCCUCCUCCUCCUGAGCCCCCGGGCCGUGUGGAGGAUACAGCCGUGACUGGUCGCUCACCGCAGCAGAUCCGUGAGGAGGGCUGGAGCUCACAGGGCUCAGAAAACGUCACUCUAGCCGAACUCUACCUCAUGAUGGGCAAGCCUGGAAAGCUGCAGCUAGAGUAUGAGUGGCAGCCCAAGCCCUGCUCUUCAGCCCUGCCCACCACUCACAGCGUGCUUCGGUGCCUCUUAAGACUCGUCUCCUCGGAGGUCAACCCCAAACCUGCUUCAGACGUGUGUUCAGUAGGGACCUCUCCUAUCAAGCCAGGUCAGGACGAACAGUCUCUGACACCUCCAGGCAAAACUCAGGCUGUGGGAACGCGCAGCCCCAACUGUGGGCGGCAGCAACACACAACACGCGCCAAAACACUGCCUAAUACAGCUGGCACAGGCAGCCGGACUCUACCACGUUCUCUGUUGGUUUCUGGCAGCGAUGGUGACGGGGGGGUGUUUGCCGUUCCAACGACGUUACCACCUAACAGCUCCCGCCACUUACGGAUGUUUUCUCCCAAUAAGGAGGCGGAGUUGGCUUUCCGUCAGCAGCUGGACUCGAUCAGUUCAGAUAUUUUCCUCAACAAGCCGAGGAAGAUAGGAAGGGGCCGUCCACUGAGGAAGCCACUUGUUGUACAGAGAACAUUGUUGCCUCGAACAACAGGAGACGCCUCCCAACAUGUGUGCUCUUUCUCAAUUCUCUCCAGCUCUUCAGCUACUGGUACCGGUUCUUUUCGGCCAAUCCAAAGCCGGCUGUCAUCGUCCCGACCUCUUGCACUGAAAGCCACUUCCACUACAAUAAAUACUGCUUCUUCGAAUCAACUGUCCAGUGCAAUUGACCUGGCAGCAAAGUCUGCCGGCAUUAUCCCGGGAAGCCCGUGUCAAGAAGUGGAGGACACUGCUCUGGAGACUCCGGCUCAAGAGUCGAGCCUUUUGCCACCUGAGGCUGCCACGCCACCGGCACCUUCUGACCCCCAGCCAGAACCUGAGCCCGAGCCCAAUCGUGAACUGCUACAGCAAGAGACAGAGGGUUCUUUGCAGAACGGGGUCUCACCACCAUCUCCAGAUGGUGGGGAGCCCCUAUUGGCACCUCCAAGCGUUGCUUCCUUGUUGGACAUCUCACUCCCUGGCCCUCCAGAUGAAUCCCUUCCUCCUGGAGAACCUCACACUCACAUCAGCGACUCCAUUAUUGAGCUUGCUAUCAGUUCCGCACACUAUGGUGAAGGAUCCUCUCUUUCUCCUCCCAAGCUCAACGGGAGUGACCGGUCUAAGCUUCUCCCCACCCUCCCAGACAGUCCCAGCCACAGCUGGAUGCCGUCUCCUAUGCACGAUCCCCAGUGGUACCCCAGUGACUCUAGCGACUCCACUCUGGGCUGCCUGCUCUCAAGUCUGGUGUCGCCAGAUAAAACCCGAAGGACCGUCCUCCCUCCUGCAGGGCCCUCCAGUGGUACAGCCUUACUUGGCCCCAGCUUGCUUGACAGUAACUCCCAUGAUUCUUUUCAGGCCCGUGGGCUGCAUGAUGUCGUUGAGGUGGAUAAUCAGUUGGUCUGCAUGAUGAGCGAGAACAGCGUCGACUACAUCGCCCGUUUCAACGACCUCGCCCAAGAGCUGUCCGUGUCGGAGACGAGCCUCCCUCCCCCAUAAGGUCAGAGCGAAGAGGAAGAGCUUCUCACAGGGGAACUCCAGUCCAUCAGGCAGAAGGAGAGAAUGUGUUUUACGCAAUUCACCUUGUUGGAAGUGCAAUAAAGACUGCCAUGGUCUUGAUCAUCAGGAUCCAAGCGUGUGUGGGUGCCUGCCCAUCAUUUUGUGGCAUGCGUUUCAUGAGCCACACUUGGGCCACUUUUUAAACAAAUUUGUUUACAAAGCAACCUCAUGUAUAGAAAUUUGCCAUAUCAGAACAAACGUUUCCUCGUGUAGUUCUGUUCACUUCCUUUUGUCCGUUCUACUCUGUUCUGCGUAUGCGAGUGUGAGCCAAGGCUGCUGUUCAGCUGUUUUGUCUUAGUGACAUUUGUUUCUUCAUAGAUCUAUACAGUAGUAUCAGUCAUUGAUCAUCCUCCUGAAAAAGCCAUAAGAGUGUAUACGUAAUACACAACAUGCAUGUACAGUCCGUCUUCAUAAUCUGUGGCUUCGUAAUCUGAUUGGCUGUGCUAAAUUUAACCGAAAACACUGUUGGAAGGUUUUUUAAUAAACGAGAAAGACUGGAACUAAUUGGAAAAUCCUCUAACACUAACAAAAAAAUGCUAAGUAAAAUACAUCUUGGCUGUAUUUAAGUAGAAAAUGUACAUUACGUCGAGUCCCUAAAUUAAACAAUAAAUAAAUUGAUCGCCCUACAGUUUGUUCAACACUAUGUUUUUAUUGUAUGCAGUUUUAUUGAAGCCAGUGAUUGAUUAGAUGGUUGUGAGCCUUCUGUCUGUGAUGGAAUGAUGAAUGUCUUUGAUUGUAAAUAGACCAUAACAGAUUGAAGCAUUGACUGUGCUUUUAUAACAUACUGUAAAUUAUUUGGAUUAUUUAUUAAUUUACAUGUUACAACUGUUUUUUUUUUUUAUUUUAGAAAGCAUCAAAGUGCUUUUUCAAUUGUUUUAAAGAUUUCUGCGUUUGUAUAAAAAGGAUUUUUAUGCCACCAUGUAAAUAUAA